UACAUUGCAUCAGCAUUUGGCGGUGAUGAUUUAGUCGCAGAAUUCGUUUUGCUUCAACUUUUGUCUAGAAUACAUCUUCGACAAAAUGGUCUCGCACUCGGAAAGCUCGCAUUAAAUAUCAGCAAUGCUCCUAUUGUUGCAAAUGGGAAUUCGAAUCACGAUAUAAGUCUCGAACACGAUAAUUUAUUUGCAAAGCGAAUUUCAUUUGUUCUCGCUUCACUUUUACCAAAAUAUCAUGACCUUCCGCUUACUCUAUCCACACUUAAUGAAGUAUUUUAUUUCCCACGUAGCAAUAUUGAUCUGGAUUCCGGUGUUUUACAAGUUAGUAAAGGCACAUGGUUUUUGAUUGACGAGACAGUGCUGAAAGAAGGAAAAUUGUGCGAUACUGGAAUCCGUAACUUGAAAGCUUUGAACGAUAUAUUGGACCAUCAGAAACUAAACUAUACUUUCCCAUUCAAUAAUUAUGAAUUCGAUACGGAUAUUGGAAUCAUUAUAUUAUCAAAUGCUAAAUCAUUCCUUAAUUAUGAUUGUAACAUUCCUCUUAUUCAAAAACCCGAGAAUAUAACAAUUCUAGAUGUACCAGAAGAUACUUUAAACCAAUUCAGGAACUUUAUUAGUAUUCUUAGAUGGAACGACUUUAAUAUCCCUGAAAAUAUUUCAGAUUAUAUUCAAACAGAUUACGUAACUCAAAGACAGAAAGCCUCGAGAAAUGGAAUACCUUUGAUGUCUCAAGAAGAUUUAAUGCUGCUUUUAAAUUUAUCAAGAUUGGUUGGUUUGAGUUUUGGCUCAUCAGAAUUGACAAAAGAAUUAUGGGAACAUACCAAAAAAUUGGAUGAAGCUAGAAGAGAUCGUAUCUACCAAAAGUAUAAUGUAUGA